UCCUACUAACUUAGCUCACAUCGUUAUCAACACAAAAAAAGCUUCGCAAAAUCGUCUUUCGCAGCUUAGCAGAUUCUCGCCUUGCAAACCACUCUAUCGUCCGCACAGUUUACAGGAAGUUCACCUGUUUGAUUCCCUGAUAAAGUAGCACGGGAGGUUAUUAUGAAGGUAAUUAAAGGGAAAAUGUCGUUCAGGGGGCAGCUGAAGAAGAGGAAGUAUUCUUGCCCGGACGAAGCGCUUUCGAAAGCAGAGGAUGGGUCAAAACCCGAAGAGUCGGCACCAAGAGAGAGAAAGAUUUCAGCUGGGGAGGAACUAACGCAAGCUAUCGUGCGAAGUCGCCGAAGUGUUGACGACGUAGUACGAAGAAGAUAUCAAACAAUGCCGAUUUUCGCAAGCCCCGACGAAAGCCAAAAACCUCCGAGGGCCGUGUCGUUUUGUCCGGAGAUUUUACUUCUUUCCGCCGUGAUGGAAAACAAUACUGAGGAACUGGCCAAGAUACUGCGAGAGGGAAACGUCAACGUGAAUCAAGCGAACUCCAUCGGAAGGCUACCGAUUCACGAGGCUGCUUCGGAAGGCUUCGUAGAGUGCGCGCAGAUCCUUAUCGAGAAUGGCGCGAAUUUGACUCUGGAGUGUUCGGAGGGCUUCACUCCGUUAGAAGCUGCUGUUAUCAGCGGAAAUUUCGAAUGUGCGGAACUCUUGAUUAGAAGUGGAGCACCGAUUGAUAAAAUAAAAAAUGGCUUCCUCGAUCCCGUGUUCGCCGCGGGAGGCAAGAUGGAGGGUGAGAACGAAGAAGAAUUGCAUAACUGAAAGAACUCUGUCAGUUUGUUAACAAGACAAAAGCUCGGCUAUGGGAGCAAAGAAGCGAGACAUACAGAUACAUUGUUCAUUUGAAGUGAUUAAGGAAAACACGAAGUUCGAAACAAACUGCAAAAACCAUUCACCGUGUCAGUGCUAGAUGCUUUUCACAAAUGCAAGAAUAGAUCUUCUAGUACGGAGAGCAGGCGAGCACGUUUUAAGAGACAUUUCUGCGCAUUUUUUCCUCAUCUUAUGAACCUCUUUUUUCCGUUCAAGUCUAUGUUUGUACACCGUUGAAAUCGCUGCUUAGCAAAGCGGCAAACCAGUGAGAUUUUCUUUCGCGAAAUUUAGAAAAUAAACAAUGCAAUAUAACAUAUAUGUACAAUAAGAUUGUAUAGCAAACUUGAAAAGCAUAGAGAUCAAAUAUUCUGCUUCACAUAAUGGAAUGACCUAAAUGGUGGCGUGUUACAGAGUAACGAUCUUCCUGCAAAAUGGAGCGGUGCAUGCUAAACGUUGGAACGAACCAAAUUCGCAAUAAUCUUAAAAGUGUUUGUUAACUAUGAAAAACAGUUUGCUAAAGAAGUUUAAUAGUAGAGGAUAAGAGCCGGUGUGAUUAUAAUGGGAAAGGUAAUUGAAAAAUAAAAGCCGAAUUCUUU